AUGAGGCGCACUCAUGCGCACCCUCACCUCUUGCCUCCCCGUCACGGCGCGGCGACCACGCCGGAGAUAGCAGGCCGCCGAGAGAGCAAGACGCAGCCGCAGCGGCACAUGGGCGAGGGUCCCAUCGGUACCGCCGUGCUGCCGAGCACGGCGCCGCGGCAAGGGGCCGCGGAUGCAGCCCAGGGCCGCUCAAGGGCACCGCCGCAAGCCAAGCACGCAACAGCAGCGCAGCCACGCUCCCCCUUGGUGCUGGGCCCUGUGCCGCGGCUACGGCUCUGCCAGUCCGAUGUCGACGUCGCCCACGUUGGCCCCUGGACGUCCGCGGAUCCGUUGCGCCUCGGGCCGACCCCAGAGUGGCACCGACUCGACGUGCACCCCUUGACCAUCACCUCGCCACGCCGCCGCCAUGGACUAGAGACUCUGCGCGUGCCGCCUCGUCUCGCCACGCUGAGGUGCACCACGACUUCGACACGCCCCGCACGCACCGCCGCCUCUUUCGCCACCUUCUCAUCGCUGUACGACUGUCCUACUGAGCACCGACGGCGGCUGCGGUAUCGUCCUUCGAUGCGACAGCCGACGUCCGCCCAGGGCGAGCUGGGCGGAGAUUUCCGCGAGACGCCGUCGCGAGAGCAGGUGGCGCGCGCCGCGCUGCGCUCGCUCGGCGCACCUUCCUUCUCCCAGCCACCAGCUGCGCGUGGCAGCCGCAGCUUCCAUGCCGGCAGCAAUGCUGCAUCAGGAUCCGGCAUGGUCCGACCGACGGACCUGUCGCAGCCGGAAACGCACAGCCAGCCGCGCUACGCAACGUAUUCGCAGAGCGCUCCGAAGCAGGCUUACCACCAAGACGCGCCGGCCUUCUCACCCUCGCCUUCGCCGGGGUAUCCCUUCCACGCUUCUUCGUCGCACUAUGAGAUCGGCGAGCAGAGCUCGAGCAGGCAGGACCGCCUACAGAACGACUCUCCAGCCAGCCGCAUGCCCAGCCUGAGCUUCUCGUGCAGCAGUCGCGGCUCGGCGCCGCUGGUGUCGCCUCCAGAGCCAGGCGCCCCAUCUGGGACAUCCGCCACCGAGCGCUCCGAAGCAUCCAUCGAGCGCGUCGCUGCUGCCCUGCGACUGCGCCCGUGCGACGUGCGCGGCGCUCUGCGUGAAGAAGACGAGCAGCGCUCCGGUCCGCCGGCCACAGCCGCAGCAAGAACCGCAGCAUCACAGCCCACGGACGAGCCUGCGCAGAGGUCGCCUCCUGGAAGUCCCAAGCUUGACCGGGACACGUUGCGUCUCGUGCUGGAGGCGAUGCGAGCAGAAGACCAGCGUGUCGCCCAGCUCGCCUUGUAUCGCACAGAAUACCUGCGCGCCGAGUCGUUGCGCAUGGAGAUCGAGCUACAGCAGCAGCGACAGCACGCAGCUGCCUGGCAGAACGAUGGGGCGCUCAGCCCGCGCCAUCGCUUCCGACUCUCCUCCUCGCCGCCGCCACCGUACGCCGCACUCCCCGUCGACGAGGUUUCGUCGCGGACGUUUGACGACCGAGAUGCCCAUCAAGAUUACGCCAUGUAUGCUGGGUCCAGGCUUUGGCCAAGACCGUCACCCAGUGGCGCAGUGAUGCCACCGCCCGACGUGCCUAGCGAGCAACGGAGGCUCUCUCAGCGACAGUCCGAGACGCUCCCAGGCACCGGAGCGGCGGGCCAAACUGCUUUCACUGGCGCCGCAUCUCAUAGGCAGACGCACUUCUCUAGCCCGAUGCGGAGCCCGCUCCCCAGCCUUCCGCCGCCUGCUCAGCAGAGCCUGCGCCACAGCUUCUCCUCGGCGCCCACACGCACGCAUCGGUCCAUGGACGACUAUGCGCUGGCGCGUCCGCCCUUGCCUGGGAGCGGCUCUGGCCAUGGCAUGGCCGGGCCAGACUCCUUCGCUUUGCGCCCUCGCAGCGUCUCACAUGCGCAAGAUCUCUACCAACAGUCGGCAGCGCAGCUUCCCAUUCGCGGUCUGCCUCACAGACAGAUCCGCGCAGCUGCGCCAACGCUGCGCGACGACUUGUCGCACAUAAUGCGCUCGCCGGAACUGCUGUCUGCGAGUUCACUUUCGCUGGCCGACAGCUUUCCCUCGGAGCGAAGGCGCGACAGCAUCGAUUCGCUCGCCGGCUCGAAGCGGCCACGUUCUCCCGACGGCGAACAUGCCGAAGAGCGGCUCUGCGGACGAGAGCGGCACACUGGAGGACCGUGCGCCAGUCCAGAGACCUGCUCCAGCUUGGCUGAGGAGACCAACGAGCUCGCCGAGUCGGAUGGCCUUGGCGCGGCCCAGUCUCCGCGCCCCAUGCCCAGUCACCUCGAGAUCAUGGCGCGCCUCAAGCACAAGGUCACUGCUCGACUUGCGGCGAAGGAGCAAGCUAGCCGAACGGCUCAAGGCGGCGAGUAUGCCGUCAGGGCUGACUCUGGCCGGAAGCGCACGGCUCCGCCAGCGCCCUCGUCGGCCCCUGGGUCCCCGCCACAGCAGCCAGGCGGCACGACUCGUCCAAGUAGCGCUGCGGCACGCCGUCGUGCUGCUAGCCACAGUCAAGCUCUCGAGACACCCAUCCCCGCCGCCGGAUCCGCCAGCACGCAGAAGGAGUCGCCAGGUGUGCUCGCCGCUCUGCACUCCGCGGGCGCGGCAUCGAGUGGUGGCAUUGAGGCACUCCUCACAGCUGCAUCGCUGCAAUCGCCCGGAGCGGGGUCAGUGCGCGGUGGCGGUGCGCUCGCCGAGCCCGCCAGUUGAUUCUCCGAGGGCCGAGCUGAACUGACGCACGCCACAUGACAUCCGCUGUGCCCUGUUGCGGCAACGCAUCGCUCGCGUCGUAGCCUGACCGCUUAUGUGCUUCUCGACGUGCCCUAAUGUCAUCGAUCCAGAUUGCAGCUGGGGGCCAAGACACAGCGGCCCUCCUUGCCUGACAGCGGACUGGCGGGUAUCGUCGAUCUGGGAUAGAUGGCUCGGCUGCA